AUGUAUUUCGCAUUCCUUCCACUCUUUCUCGCCGCUCUAGGCGCCCUCGCCAACCCCAUCACACCCCAUGAUGCAAACCCUCAGCCUUCCUACUUCAAAGACCUCCCCAACACUCUUUCUCCCGACUUUCCCGUCAACGAAACCACCAAGGUUGAAGUCCGCGAUGAAACCCUCACUCACAACCUUCGUAUCCGCGGUGCAGGUGGUUACCUCGGUUCCUGCAAGGACGUCCGGUUUUAUAUCAGCGACAAGGACAUGAACCGUGUGAGCCCAGGGUAUAUCCACUCGGGUUACUACGAGUCUCCUCGUCUUGUUGCCCGAUGUCCUGAUCUCACGGGUGAGAUGAAGUGCAGCUCUCUUGAGCUCGGAGAGUGCAUGGUCAACGUCAAUGGCGCCCUAGCCCCCGGACCUGGUGGACUUUGGCACGAGACUUGUACUCAGUGCAUCAUGAGUGAAGACGGAAAGGACCUUUGGUGCCAUUGCUGGAGCGCCAUGAAGGGCCAUCUCCUCAUGAGCGGAACCACCAUCAACCUAGGCAAGUUUUCCUCUCAACGCCCCCUCGUUCUUCUUCGCUAA